AUGUAUAAUCACAAGAAGGAGUUCUUGAACAUCGAGGAGGUGUUCCAGUCCGAGAACUGCUUCAGAACCAUCAGCUUCAACCGUUCUUUGGUGCGCCAUCUGAACCCAAUCCAUAAAGGUACGAAAAACCCCAAGAGGCGCCCUCCUAAGCGCAUUAUUAAGGUUGAGGAUUGGACUUCCAGCGACGAGGAAGCGCGUCAAAAAACCGCCAUAAGAAAAAUCAGGAAACCCAGAUCGGCAUUGGAAAAACUCUGCAAGGAGCUCUGGGAGAAGCCUCCGACCUGGUCCGAUGACUCAGACCAUGAAUCCGAUUGGUUCAGUGACCCAGCGAGUUCCUCAAAAAAGAAACAGGACAUGUCUGGAUUAUGUCCGCAAUGCGGCAAGGUGGUGGCCAACAUGAAAAUCCACAUGAAGAAGUACCACCUGAACAAUUACUCUUGCGACCUCUGCUCGAUCACCUUCAGGAACGAGAAGCAGCUGAAGGAGCACAAGGAGGUGCACGACUCCGAGAACCCCCACAAGUGCGACUUGUGCAAUUUAAUAUUUAAAAACGUCACCAAACUCGCUCUGCACCGAUUUACGCACACGGGCAACUACGACUGCCCUAUCUGCGGGUUCAACGCCACCAGCAGGUUCAGAAACUCCAUCAUAGCGCACAUCAAACGUCACGAGGACAAUUAUGCGGUCAGAUGCGACAUAUGCAACCGCGGAUUCCUCUGCAAAAAGAAACUGGAGGAGCACAUUGAAUGGCACGAGAACGUGCCCAAGUACGAGUGCGAGAUCUGCCAUAAGAAAUUCCCCGUCAAGUCGUACCUCACCCUUCACAACAAGUUUAAUCACAAGAAGGAGCUUUACGGCACCGAGGAGAUUUUCCAGUGCGAAAUCUGCGGCAGAAAGUUCACCUUCGAGAAGAGCUUCAAGCGACAUCUGAGCUGCAUCCAUAAGAUCGGCAAAGAUUUUACCGUGAAGUGCCCGGUGUGCGACAAGGUGAUCGCUAAUAAUCACAACUUGAAGAAACACAUGAAGGUGCACACGGGGGAGAAGAACUACAGCUGCGACGUUUGCGGAAAGACGUUCUCGCAGAGGCAGUACGUCACUAGGCACCAGAAGGUCCACCAACCUGAUCGGGAGAAUAAGAAACGCCCAUUGACCCACCAGUUGACUUGCGACUUCUACAGCUUCGGCACCUCCAACUACCUUGGAGAGCACAUCUCCGAAGAGCACACCCCCGAGGGACCUUAUAGUUGCGACAUCUGCCACGCCCCUUACCAAACCCUCCUGAAACUAACUGUGCACCGACGCAUUCACUUAAAAAAAUACGUUUGUCCCCUCUGCGGGUUCGAAUCCUCCACAAGAUCCUUCGCUCCCAUCAAGCAGCACAUCGACCGACACGGGGAGAGAUUCAAAGUGAGAUGCGACCUGUGCAAAAAGGGUUUCAUGUGCAUGGCGAAGCUCCGGGACCACUUGGAGGUGCACGCCUCAGAACCGAAGUACCAGUGCGAGUACUGCCGCAAGAAGUUCACGGUGAAGAACUACCUGAAGUUGCACGUGCGUUUCAAUCACAAGAAGACCCUCUCGGGGAUCCCGGAGGUGUUCCAGUGCGAGAUAUGCGGACGAGAAUUCUCGUUCGAGAAGAGUUUUAGGCGCCACUUGAGUGCGAUCCAUAAAAUCGGAAAGGAUCUCACCGUGGAGUGUCCCGUGUGCCACAAGACGGUCGCCAACAAUUUCAAUUUGAAGAAGCACAUGAGGAUCCACACUGGGGAAAAGAAUUAUGCGUGCGCUAUGUGUGGAAAGAGGUUUUCGGAUAUGAAAUAUGUGAGGAAACAUCAGAGUGUCCAUCUGAAAGAGGGCGGAGGCUUGAAGUCCAAGAGAGGGAGAGGAGGCAAGUCGAUACUGGAGAGGAUCCUGAUAAAACAGGAACUCCUGGAAGACAUUCAACAGCACAAAAAAGUGCGGAGGAAACGAAAACCCGCUGGUUAUACACCGAACGAGGAGCAUCCGGAUGAGGACAAGCCAAAAGUGCGUAAACCCCGAAUAAAAAAAGAAAAAUCGGACAGUCCUCCGAAGCACCCGAGAAAUCAGAAGGCGAACAUGUGGACUUGCAAGUUUUGCUUCGAAACCUUCGCCUCCAGAAAGGAGAUGUUUCAGCAUAGAAAGCAACAUCCGGAGGAGGAGAAGAAGACUGUCACCGCGGAACCUUCCACCACAAAGUUCUCUUACGACGAGGAACUCGACAUAUUCACUUGUAACAAUUGUUCUGCCGAAUGCCAGGACCUGGAAGAGAUCGAGAAGCACGUGGAAACCCACGAGAAAAAGUUCGCGUGCUACGUCUGCAAAGAAGAACUGUUCGGCCCCAUUAACUACACCGUCCACGUCCAAAAACACCGGGACGACAAGCUGUUCCCGUGCCCCUGGUGCCAGUACAUGUCCCAUAAAAAAGAAGCCAUGCAAGUGCACAUAAACCGACUCCACUUGCAAAUCUACGAUUUCCAGUGCACCAAGUGCGGAAAAUGUUUCAAUGACGCACUGAGCUUCAAGGAGCACGACAACGUGCACCUGAACGUUAAGCCUUUCGGUUGUGUGGUGUGCAGCAAGAACUUCUACUACUCCCGAUAUCUGCUCUCGCACCAGCUGAGAACCCACACGGUGCGAGUGCUGGAUCCAGAGUCCAAGACCCAGUGCAGCGUGUGCCAGAAAAUCUUCGCACGGCUGGACACCUUGGAGAGGCAUUACGCCGCCAAGCAUCUCACCGUACGCACCGGUCCCUAUGAAAAAAAGCAUCUGUGCGACGUGUGUGGACAAGGCUUCUCCAGACCGGAUAAACUUAAGAUCCAUUACAGGAAACACACCGGGGAGAAGCCUUAUUCUUGCGUGUACUGCUCCAAAAGCUUUAUUAAGCGCGACUACUUGAUAAUGCACGAGAGGAUCCACUCCGGAGAGAAACCGUACGAGUGCGCCAUCUGCGGGAAAUGCUUUAACCAGGGGGCACCUUUGAGGAUCCAUUUGAGGAGUCACACCGGUGAACGGCCUUACGUGUGUCCCUAUUGUGGUGCCGGUUCUGUGUCCAGAGGUGCAUUGAACAGUCACAUUAAGAGCUGUAUUGGGGCGGUGGUUGGGGCAGCCCAGGAUAUUGGACACGAGGAAGUUGUGAGGAUGUAA